AUUCUAAAGAAUUGUGUUUCUUUGGAAUUUGACGUCAACAACACCCAAAUAAAAGACCUGGAGCUGAGCGAACACUUGGAUCGAUCGAGGCAGCAACGGAGAGUAGAGAGCAGCUUAACAGGGUAUCAUUGUGCCCAUUAGCCAGUACGGUGAAUAUUAACGCAGCCAGAAGCCUUAAGAAACCCAAAAUAAUGUCGCAAGCAUUUUUCACCUUGCUCUUAUUUCUAUGCAUAAGCAUACAAAAUGUUAGUGGAGGUAGGUUGAUGGUCGAAGUCAAUGGUAAAAACAGCACCUUGGGGAAAAGAUGGUUAGAGAUACAGGACAAAAUAUGGAGGGAGCUAGGAAAAGACCCAAUACAGAAAUCCCUCAGAACUGCUAAGUUGCUUAAGUUAACAGAAAUCAAUAGCAUCUACAGGCAAGUGAGAGAUGAAAUGGAAACCAACGAAGAUAUUGUUUUUAUUGCAAAUAUUGGGAAACACGAAAUGAUUGGUAAAACCAUACUGAGAUUUAAAGUACCAGCGAAGUAUUUCGAGAAUGAAAAUAAAGUAAAAUGGGCAGCGUUAUGCCUUCCAAGGAGAUUUGCAGCAACAACAAUUCCUGGGUGCCUUACAGUAAGCUCUGGAAAGUUUAUUCGACGAAGGACAACUUUCAACGUGCAACGAACAUACAACAACGAAAAAGGAUGGCCAUGCUACAACAUGAUUAAGGCCUUUCAUCAGAAGUUUCCGAUCGAUGGAACACUCUUACAAAGACUGCAUUUAAGGCACGCCUUUCUUAAACUCACCCUACAACAAUCAACCCCGAACAUGCAGAAGGACAUCUUGCCAGUAUUACACAUCCAGGCGAUAAGAAAACCACGACGAAAGCGUGGCAUUGAUUGCGGAACCGGAAGCCAGCGACGCUGCUGCAGGGCACCACUGAAGAUCAGCUUCAAAGAUAUCGGCUACGCCAAUAUCAUCCUUGCACCGGCUAGUUUCGAUGCUUAUGUUUGCACGGGUCAAUGUGGCACAUUCAGUAGGCAUACGUCUACCAGAGUUAAUGUAGUAAAAGACUACAAUUCGUUCCGGAAUCGAAAUGAAAAGUCCGGAUUGGUUAAAUUUUGCUGCACUGCAACAAAGACUAGCGCACUGACAGUACUCCUCAAAGACGGAAAAUUUGUUUUCUCGAAGAAAAUUUCUGGAAUGGUAAUUGAAGAGUGCAGCUGUAACUGAACUUUAAAGGGCGAAUGCCUGUUAUUAAUAAUGGACUGCUAAGCUUGUACAAUGCCUACGAUUUGACGCCUCUUCUUUGUGAGACUCGUAACUUUGCGAGAGUCGUAAUUUUGACUAGUUUAUAUAUGAAAAUUAUCCAAGACUAAACUUGUGAGUUA